AUGGACCGGGUGUAUCAACCAUUGCUAUGUUUCCUCUGGCAUGUUCUUCUUUUUGCUAUUUCAGCCGACCAACCCCGGCUGCACAUUCCGCGUGCACCGGAUCCGUUAGCAGAACAGCUAACGGGACUCGUCACUUGGGAUGAGUACUCGAUAUUCGUCCGCGGCGAACGCAUCCUGUUCUUGUCAGGCGAGUUCCAUCCAUUCCGGCUUCCUUCCCCUGGCCUGUGGCUCGAUGUUUUCCAGAAAAUCAGAGCGUUGGGCUACUCCGGUGUCUCAUUCUACUUGAUGUGGGGUUUGCUGGAAGGGGCGCCGGAGCAUUUCCGCAGUGAUGGCGUCUUUGACCUCCAAGAGUUCUUUGAUGCUGCCAGUCAGGCAGGAAUAUACCUGAUCGCUCGGCCUGGGCCAUAUAUCAAUGCUGAAGUCUCCGGGGGCGGUCUUCCCGGAUGGCUCCAACGCCUGCAUGGUGACGUCAGGUCAGUGGCUCCAGACUACCUGAACGCCACGAGAAAUUAUAUUAUGAAUACCGGCAAGAUUAUUGCCCGGGCCCAAAUCACAAAUGGUGGCCCAAUAAUUCUUUUCCAACCGGAGAAUGAGUAUACCAUGUGUUCGGGGUUCACGACAGUUGGGGAUAUCAGUGCCUGCCUGGAUGAAAACUAUAUGGCUGGGGUGGAAGCACAAUACCGGGAGGCGGGAAUUGUCGUUCCGUUUAUCAGCAACGACGCCGUCCCUCUCGGUAACUGGGCACCAGGCACAGGGAAAGGUGCCAUGGACGUUUAUGGAUAUGACUUUUACCCAUUUGGCUGGGGCACUGGAUGCCACGACCCUUACAAUUGGACCCGGAUAUUGGAUCCUUUGAGCUUGUCGAAUUUCUCCACACACUUGACUAUGAGUCCGACAACCCCAUAUGCCAUUGUAGAGUACCAAGGGGGCGCUCCUGAUCCAUGGGGUGGUAAUGGCGUCGGGACUUGUGCAGCCAUGAUCGGUGCUGAGUUUGCGCGGGUAUUUUAUAAAGUCAACUUCAGCCUUCGCGCCACGAUUGUGAAUCUCUAUAUGAUGUUCGGCGGGACCAACUGGGGCAAUUUGGGGUAUCCAUCUGGCUAUACCUCAUACGAUGUUGGUGCACCCAUUAGUGAAGAUCGUCUAUUGACGCGCAAAAAGUAUCAUGAAAUCAAACUUCAGGCCCAGUUCAUACAAUCCUCACCGGCGUAUAUGGUCUCUUGGCCUCUUCUUGCUCAACUUAGGUACUCCAAUGCUUCCAACCUGGAUAUUACCGUACUGCACGGAGACGCCACAAAGUUCUAUACCAUUCGUCACGCCGAUUAUGGCACGCUCAAGUCGACAUACUACAAUAUCAACUUGGAGACUAGUUUCGGAAACUUCACUGUCCCCACUCUAGGUGGAUCUCUGGUUCUGAACGGACGGGAUUCUAAGAUCCAUGUUACGGAUUACCAAAUUGGGGAUAUCAGUCUAGUCUACUCGUCAGCCGAGAUAUAUACCUGGAAGAGGUCGGGAGACAAAACCGUUCUCUUGAUGUACGGUGGGGAUGCUGAACAGCACGAGUUUGCGGUUCCAAUACCAUCCGACCAUGUGAAAGUCCUUGAGGGGAAUGAAACGACAUAUCGCGGAACCGAUAACCUCACCUUUUUACAGUGGACGGUCAGUCCGACCCGCCAAGUCAUCAGCUUUAGUGAUAAGCUGGACGUGUAUCUGCUUUGGCGAAAUGACGCGUACAAAUACUGGGUGAUUGACUUAUCCCUUCCUCCGCCAGUGGGCCUACAUGUGUCUCCUUCUAGGGAAAAUUCCUCGGUCAUUGUCAAAGGCGGAUAUCUCGUACGGAACGCAACUAUCUCGGGCGAAGUACUGUCGCUAACAGGGGAUCUUAAUGCAACAACAGAAAUUGAGGUGGUUGCUGCCCCUUCCGGGUGUUGCUCCGGUCUUGUGUUCAACGGGGAGACGGUGAAAACCAGCGUGGAGAAUGGACGAUUGAAGGGCUCCCUGAAGUAUGAAGCCCCGGCGAUUGCGUUGCCUCAUCUUGUCACAGCGAAUUGGCAGUACCUCGAUUCCCUCCCAGAGCUUGGGCCGCGCUAUGAUGACAGCAACUGGACCCUGUGCGACCACGCCUCAACCAACAAUCCGCGAAAACUGUCCACGCCCACUUCGCUCUAUGCUAGUGAUUAUGGCUAUCAUGCGGGCUCCAUCCUCUAUCGAGGCCAUUUCGUCGCAAAUGGGGCCGAGUCCUCAUUCUCUCUGUCCAGCCAGGGAGGGUACGCAUUCGCGCACUCGGUGUGGUUGAACUCGACGUUUCUCGGCGCUUGGUCCGGCGAUCCUGCUGUACAAACAUAUAACCAAACACUGCAUUUCCCUAAUCGCCUCGAGUCUGGAGCUUCCUAUGUUUUGACGGUAUUGAUCGAUAACAUGGGACUCAAUGCAAAUUUCUACGCUAACAUACAAACCAUGAAGGACCCGCGAGGGAUUCUCGACUACAGUCUCUCUGGCCACGAGGACAAGGCUGACAUUGAAUGGAGGAUAACAGGCAACUAUGAAGGCGAGCGCAAACUUGACCUCAGUCGAGGCCCGCUCAACGAAGGAGCUACCUUUGCUGAGCGACAAGGUUUCCACCUCCCCGGAACCCCCACCCAAGAUUGGCAGCAGAGCUCCCCUAUGGACGGCCUGUCGGGACCGCGUGUAGGAUUCUAUGCUACAACGUUCAACUUAAGCUUCCCGUAUGGGUACGAUAUCCCGAUGAGCGUCAUCUUCGCAAACAGCUCAGCUGUCGGGGAUCCCAAUACGGCAGGACGAUUUCGGAUAUCUCUGUAUGUGAAUGGGUGGCAAUUUGGAAAAUAUGUGAACAAUAUCGGCCCACAGAUAUCGUAUCCAAUCCCUGAAGGUAUUCUCAAUCAUCAUGGAGAGAAUUACCUCGCCCUUGUAUUCUGGGCACUGGACCGCAACGGCGCAAGGCUCGGUUAUAUUCAAAUAGGGAAUAGUGCAAUCAUACAGACAGGAUACUCGUUACCCAACUUGGUACCCGCUUCUGAAUAUGCCAUCAGAGGCGAUAGUUAUUGA